AUGGAGGCUCCCCCGAUAUCCCCUGGGGACGGUGAAACUGGUGAAGUACACACUCUGUGGCAUGAUGCUCCACCACAUCGAAGUACAUCAUCGAGACGAAAGUGCUCCAAAGCAGUAGGUCGACUGAGCAAUAAUCGGGCAGAUGUGCUAGCAAGUCGUCGCUGCAUUGGCUUCAAGAGUGUGUUUCUCAUCACUGCGCAGCCCUACAUCUUCAGCAAUGGGUACCAGAUACGAUUCAGCGAGGAACCUUGCCAGCACUGCAAUGUAGGCUAUAUUGUACCUGAAUGGGUGGAGGCAAACCCAACUCUUUCAGUUAUAAAACAAAUCUAUGGGUCUUCUGCUACCCUUCCAGCCACAACUAUAGUGCUACCACUGAAACCUGACAAGGUGAAACCUGUUAAGCAGCAGCUUUCAAGCAUCCAUCCUGAAGUUCUUCUCUUUCUUUCAAAGAUAAAGAAGCUUUCUGUCAGGGAAGACAAUGAGGAUCCCAGGCUUAAUACCGUUAGUGCUAUUUCAAUUUCAAGUGAGACCGAUUUUGUUAAGAAGAAGAACAUUGAUGCUGAAUCCUACAUGCUCCAUCUCUCAGCUGACGAAAAAUCUGGUUUGGGGGAAUGCAGUUACUACAUGUGGAAACAGAAGUUUCCUGUUAGGCGGGAGCACAGGGUGGAUAGAAGAAUGGAUGUCGAUGAGUGGGUCAUCACAUUAGCUUUUCCCAAUGGAGAGCGCCUCAACAGGGGAACCAGUUCCCCCGGGAUUUAUGCUUUUCUUCCCACGGAGAUGGUCACGAACUUCCCUUUCAUAAUUCAGGCCGAUUUUCUUUUAGCAUCAUCAAGGGAGACAAUCCUUCUUGAUGACAUAUGGAACCGGGGCAUUCUUGACUGCGUCUCUUCUGCUUUUGUCAGUGCUUUCACAUCGCUUGUGAGAGCUAAUGAAGGUGCUCCAGUUUCUACUCUCACUCAUAUGUUUGGCUUUUUACCAGUCAAUGCAUCUCCUUAUCCAAUUCUUAACGACGUGAGAGAUUCCAUUAAAAGAAAACUGCUGGAUGAAAGUAUCAUUCCAUGCGAAUCAUACAUGGAACAACAGUUCUUCCAGAAAUCCAAUGGUGUUGGUAGGUUGAACCCUGCUUUCUGGAAUCUGCUGAACAAGGCGAGGAAGCAGGGGGUCAUAUUGCAUAACAUCUCGUCCCAUGGAACAUUCAUUGUCAACUCUNAUCUCUCCCCAGACACCUUCAUCAAUAGCAUUAAUGAUAGAAGGUGGUUGCGGACUACUCAAGGUGAGAAGACCCCUCUGGAAUCUGUUUUCUUUGACAGCGAGUGGAAUGCUGCCUCACAGAUCAGUGACAUCCCAUUCAUUGACCAAAAACAUUAUGGUGAUGAGAUUCUUUCUUUUAGAACAGAAUUGGAGCUGCUUGGAGUGGUUUUUGGUUUCAGGCAAAAUUACCAGCUUGUUGUUGACAACCUGAGGUCUCCAGCACGCCUGGGGUGCCUGAGUUCUGAUGCUUUGCUCUUGAUACUUAAGUGCAUUAACCAUCUGAGGUCAUCUGACAAAAUAUGCAGGGCACUUAGGGAUAGCAAAUGUAUGAAGACCAUAAACAUGGGGUGUAAAUCUCCAGCUGAAUGUUUUUUGCUUGAUCCUGUGUGGGGCUGCCUGCUGCAGGUUUUUGGCAGUUUUCCUCUUAUUGAUACAAAGUUCUAUGGAAGCGAUAUCUUGUCAUAUAAAAGCGAGUUGCAGAAACUAGGGGUGGUUGUUAAUUUUGAGGGGGCAACUCAAGCUUUUGCUUCUGUUUUUAAGCAGCAGACAGCGAAGGGUGCCUUAAACAAGGAUAGUGCCCUUUCUCUUCUUGCAUGCUACAGAAAGUUGAAGACAGCCAGAAUUAAGUUUCCUUCAGAUCUUAAGAGCUGCUUUCAAAAGGUCAAGUGGUUGCGAACUCGAAUUGGUGUUGAUAAAGUACCUGAAGAUUGUAUACUCUUUGGUUCAGACUGGGAAUCUAUCUCUUCAAUCUCUCUGUUGCCUUUCGUUGAUGAUAGUGAGGCUCGGUAUGGAAGGGACAUUCAUGAGUACAAGGAUGAACUUAAGAGUAUGGGAGUUACCGUGACAUUUGAAAGUGGGGUAAAGUUUGUGCCUGCAAGCCUUCGAUUACCUGAAGACCCUAGCGUCAUUACUGUUCCAGUCGCAUUCUCGUUGUUAGACUGCUUGAGGAAGUUGGAGACGGAGCAUAAUGAUCAGAUUGCUACGUUGCGGUCAAAACUUGCUAGAAAAUGGAUGAAGACUAAUGCUGGUUACAGGUCUCCAGAUAAGUGUUUGUUGUUUGGUCCCCAGUGGAAUCCUCUCUUACAGCCAGAAGAUGGUCCUUUCAUCGAUGAAAAUUUUUAUGGCUCCAAAAUAGGGUCGUAUAAGAAAGAGCUCAAGUCUCUUGGUGUUGUGGUUGAAAUUGGAGAUGGAUGCUCAUUGCUUGCCGAUUACCUUGAUUGCCACUCCAGCAGCGUCACUAUCACUCGGAUUUACAAGUACUUGAGUAAGUUCAACUGGGAACCAACUAAAGAAGAUCCUAGAAAAAUAUGGAUUUCAAAUGGUGAUAACGAUGGAGAGUGGGUGAAUCCUGAUGAUUGUGUUCUGCACGACAAAAGUGGUUUCUUUGGCCUGCAGCUGCAUGUUUUAGAAAAGCACUAUGAUAAAGAACUGAUCAGUUUCUUCUCCAAAUUAGGUGUCAAAAGCAAUCCUUCUCUUGAUGAUUUUCUCAAGCUUUGGAAGUCAUGGGAAGACGCGGACCGCAGUUUGUCACAAUCAGAGUGUCAAACCUUCUGGGAGUUCAUUGUGAAGCACUGGAGCCCAAGAACCGAGAAAUUUCUAUCUGAGAACUUGUCAAAACUUCCUGUGGGUUCAGGCUCGAACAAAAUUUUGGUGCUUGAUAAACGUGAUGUUUUUAUUGCUGAUGAUCUCUAUCUGAAGGAUUUAUUUGAACAGUCUUCUUCUCAUCCCUUGUUCGUUUGGUAUCCACAACCAAGCUUGCCAUCUUUGCCUCGGCAGAAGCUGCUUGAAAUUUAUGGCAAAAUUGGUGUUCGUAAUUUGUCUGAAUCUGUUCUGAAAAAUGGCUUGUCUUCUGUUAAUUGUGUUGGACUUGAGCAGGUGCAGCCGAAGGAAAUCUUCAUCGGAAAGGGUUUGAUUAAGUUAAUCCUUGGCUUCCUUGCUGAUCCUUCACUUCAAAUGGAAGCGCGUACGAGACAUGAAGCUCUCAAAAGCCUCGUGGAUGUUGGUAUUUGUGCGACACUGGAACCAAUAACCAUGGAUUACUGUCUGUCACUUUCUUCUGGUGAUGUCCUGAACGUGAAAGUGAGCCGAAUGAUGUGCUGGGAUAGAGAAAAUGCAAAGAUUUUUAUACAGAAGCUGGACAAAUCAGGUGGUUACAGAUGUAAGCUCGAGUUUGCUACAUAUUUCUCAGAAGUAGUUGCCGAGGGAAUUCUAAGGGAGAGAGAUGAUUUUGUGCAUCAACUGGCUGAAUUGAUCAAGUUGGGAUUCAUCCUGGAAUUCGAUGAGGCAGCUGUUGGGUUCUUGAUGAAAACAAAGAAUCUGCAGAUAUUUUUGGAGGAUGAAGAACUCCUUUCUGCUGCCUUCACUUCCUAAUAGGCAGGAAGACAUGGUUGUGAAUGGUUAGGGAGAACUUUACGGUUGGGUGAGGCCCUCUAGAGAUACCAAAUGGGAUUUCUGGUGUUCUCUGGUCUUGUGAGAAGUCUCUUGCAUGAAGAUUUAGCUUUUGUUAUAAAUCCCCGCUAGUUCUUAAUGCCCUCUGAUUUGUAGUUUGCUGCUCUAAGGUUUUCUAUGCAAUUUACUAAAUUUGCACUUGGAGAUACAGUUGCUGAAAAGCAUUAUUAUUCCUCUUUUCCAAGUUUUUAAGAUUGGUCCUCUCCAUCUUCACCCAGUUCCAUACAAACUCUUUAGUUUGCAUGCUUAUCUACCAUAAUGUGGUGUGUGUGCAUGCUCAUGCGCGUAUAGAGAAGGCAUUUAUCAAUUGGCCUUUAGCAACAAAUUGUAACUUGGAAUCCCUUGCUUGGAAUCAAUUGGUCUUUGCGUUUUAUUUUAUCUA